GAAAAGGGGAAUUGCUUGAGUGGACAGUCUGCUGACAAAUGCCUACAGGAGCUCAGAGGAGACACACGACAGGAUUAGUUACGGGUGGAAGCAACAGAGACGAGUGCAAAGCUCAGAGGUGGCUCUUCUCCUCUGACUUUUGCUCCGGCUGGUCUGACUCAGAGCAUGCGGGCUAUGGAGGUGAAGAAGAGGAGAGACGGUAACGAUGGGGAAGAUGAGGAUGAUGAUGUGAUGCAGGGAGCAGAGCUGGAGGAGGAAAAUUAUCAGGUGGUUUUGGGGCCACAUAUAGAGAUCCUGGAUGUGCUGGAGGUCUCUGACACCGAAGACGAAGGCGAACGGAGUCGUGUCGCCCUUUUCGCUGCGUGUCGAGACAAUAGGUCAGAGCAGGUGGUGCAGGGGCUGCUGAGGGGCGAUGCUGACCUGACGCUGUGUAACCACAGAGGGCAGACAGCGCUCCACGUCAGCCCACCUGACCUCCAGGAGAAGAUGGUGAGGUGGAUGACGAGGCCCCAUCUGUCCCCGCAGGCGCAGCUGCUGCAGGCCGCCUGGCAGGGAGACCUGGGCGCUGUGAGGCACCUGUUGUCUCAGACAGACAGCGCAGAUGUCAACAUUCCCAACAGCGACGGUGCAACGGCGGUGAUGCUCGCCAUCAGAGACGUAGACCUGUUUGAGGGCAUGGCGAUGUGGUUACCGUGGGAACACAAGCCUGUGGAGGUGGUGAAGGAGCUGCUCAGGUUCUCAGCUGAACUACGAGCUCGAGACCACAAUGGCUGUUCUGCACUCCACUAUGCCGCUAAUCUCACCAGCGCUCUGAUGGAAGAGAUCAUUCCUAUUCUGAUCGAGGCUCUGGGUCACACAGAGGUUGAUCCCACCUCCUCGUCGACAUUUGAUAAGUACUUGUUCCAGGAUUUGGAGUUUGGAGACUCGGACACAGAGCAGGAAGCUGGGAGCCUUUUCCCUCAUCAUCAAACAAGAAGCCAUCGACACAGCGACCGCACUCUCAGCCAAACAGAGGCAUUUCUACGGACUCCAGAGAAUUGUCCUCAAUCUGACAAAAAGGAGUUCAGCCAAGCAGAUAAGGGGAUUCCCACCUGUUCCCAAAACGCCAUGGAAACUCUGAAAAACACCGGACGAGCCAAUCAGGACGUAAGAAGGGCCAGCAGAGGUUUGUGUCUUCCCAGUUUGUCCAACAGUAACAGACACAGUGACUGUGCAGAUGCUGUUCUGUCAUCAGGCUUCCUGAGUACCAGGACCCCCUGUAGGCCUGUACCCCCCACACAAAGGCAGAGAACAAGAAGUGUGGUUGAAGCCUCUCCUCCUUGCCGCGGUCUGCUCUGUGUGUCAGCGUCCAGCCAACUCAGCCAAUCGGCCCCCAGCAUCAUGGAACCACUUCUGUGCCCCAACACCAUGAUGCAGGCCCGAGCACACAUUCAGACCCGACUGAGCUCUCAAAAUACUUCAAAUGAUCAGAAGGGUCCUUUUCCAGUUUUACACGCCCGCACACCCAAGCUAUUGGUGCCCCUGGACGGCCGGCCGAAAGAUUGCAAAGCUCUGCCAUCACUAAAGCCACACGCUCCCCUAAAGCCUAUUACCCGGAGCCCUCUUUGCUCCAGGACUGAGCUAAGAAAAGAGAGGCUGUCCUGGGGCAGCCUCCGCAAUAGCCGCUCCAAGGCUGGCAGCGAGGACAGUGGGUCCAGCAGCAGCAGCAGCAGCAGCAGCAGCCAUUGUUCCAUCAACUUGGAGACUGAGGAUGAUGAUAAUGAUGAUGAUGAUGGCCAAGUCCAAGAAACUUCUUCUAAGGAGAAAGGUCUGAAGUUUGUAAAAGAUGGAAUGUUGCAGCGUUCGAGCAAUGCAAGCAAUGCAAACCAAUCGAAGGAGGCUGCUGAGAGCGAGUCCUUAAAGGAAUGUAACUACUCGCAAAAAGUUGACCCUUUAGGUGUGAGAGAUUUUGAGAGUAAUACGAAAUCUGACACAUCUGUUUUCAGUGAAGACAAGAGGAAUAUGAACCGCACGACUGAAUCCAAGACCGGAAUAAGCAACAAAAUGACAAACGAUGUGAGGGACCUUCAAGAUGACGCUACCGGCUGGUUUGAAGAAAAGUACGAAAAUGGUCAGAUCAUUUCAGAACAGAUAGAGCCAACGAGAAAGGUUUUCUGUGAUCAGGAAACCAAGGCAAAGGAAACAAGAGCUCACGGUGCAGCUGUGGAGAAAACCGGCUUCUUUCCUGUGGAUCCCAAGAAGUAUGAGAAGAUGUUUAAAGCCCGAAAUAAGGAGAGCAAAACAAGGAUGAACUGUCGCUUGAAGGCAAAUAAUUCAACUACUCAUUCUCUCACCAAAGAUCCAAGUAUCUUAGGUAGUAACCGCUCCAAAACUAGUUCAAAGUACUCUGGAGUUUCCACAGUGGUCAAAACCAAAAGCAAGAAAAGCCCUGAAUACUUUGGUAAAACCAGAGAUACCAGCUUGACCAAAGUCAAGUUAAGCAUUAAAUCUGGUAAUGCUGCUUAUUUCAGUGCUGAUACUCUAACCCUACAUAAGGCUAGUGAACCUCCACAGAGCAACGAAACACAUAAGCAGUCACCAGUGAGAGAGCUGAGAAGUGCCCAGCAGUUUAAGAAACAAUGCUUCGGAGGGAAAAGCCCAAGAUCUAAAUCUGCUGUUGACCUCAUCACUUACCGAGACAUGUUUCAGCAGAUACAGAGUGGCACCGAAGGACCAGCCAUGUAUGAGAUGUUUGCUGGGCCAUUAUUUGAAAAUCUUCGGGUCUCCAGCUCAUGUGAAAAACUCAAAGAAAGACAACCACAGCGCAUGGCCACAAAAAAGACAAAACCAAACCACAAAGCCACAAACAAACCAGUCCAGAAUAAGGCGAAGAGAAACUCAGCGGAGAGUACAGCUGCUCUGACUAAAAGCAAAGCAAAACCAGUGUCGUCUCAAACGAAACCUCAGUCCAUCACUAAUAGCUGCAGAACUGAAGGUAGCCCUAAACCAACAGUUGAGGUAGGUACUACUAAAGAGUUCAGUCAUAAAUCCCCUAAGGAUGAAUACGAAGAUCACAUUUUAUCUACCAUAAUGGAGGCGCUUUCUAAAGAUGGAUCUGAAACAUUAGAGCGAGAUGACAAAACUCUAACUGGGACAACAACUCCCUUUUAUGGUGUUGACUCUAGAUUUAUGGAAAAUCACGUAGCUUCUUCAGGUGCAUCAACAGACAACUCAGCUAACCAACAUCCAGAGUUAACCCCAUCACUAAACCCUCAGCAAGCAAAUACCAACCCUUCCACAUCUUUAGGCAGUAGCUGCCUUAUGUCACCAGUUUACAAGAAGUUUCUGGAGGAGGUGGGGGAGGGUCCACUGACAGAUGACCUGCUGCAAUGUCUGGCAGAGGAGCUGAUCUCUUUGGACGAGAGGGACGUUUCUGCGGCUCCUGAAGACUCAGAACAGGGAAAAAGAGAGUUCCGUGGAGCAGACGUCUCAGGCCAAAAUACAUUUGCUGAGGUUGCCCCUACUGAUGGUAACACCCACCUCGGCUCAGGGUUGGUUGCAAAUGACACCAUAACAUGGGCCAAGGGUGAAGUGCUUGGGAAGGGUGCCUAUGGGACAGUGUACUGUGGUCUGACCAGCCAAGGCCAGUUGAUAGCUGUGAAGCAGGUUUGCCUGGAUUCCUCGGACCCUGACGCCGCAAAGAAGGAGUACAAUCGUCUUCAGGGGGAGGUGGAUUUACUUAAAACCCUUCGGCACAGCAAUAUUGUUGGCUUUCUGGGGACAUCCCUUUACCAGCAUGUUGUUUCCAUCUUCAUGGAGUAUAUCCCUGGUGGAUCUAUUGCUAGCAUCCUACACAGAUUUGGUCCUCUGCCUGAGCGAGUGCUGGCUCUGUACACCCAUCAGAUCCUUGAAGGAGUGGCGUUCCUUCAUCAGAACAGAGUGAUUCAUCGGGACUUGAAAGGGAACAAUGUCAUGUUGAUGCCAACUGGUGUCAUCAAGCUCAUAGACUUUGGUUGUGCCCGACGCCUCAGCUGCUUGAACCACACGGCUCCAAACAGCGGAGAGCUGCUGAAGUCUGUCCACGGCACUCCUUAUUGGAUGGCACCAGAGGUUAUCAGUGAGUCAGGGUAUGGCAGGAAGUCGGAUAUCUGGAGCGUUGGUUGUACGGUGUUUGAAAUGGCCACAGGGAAGCCACCGCUCGCACAUAUGGAUAAAAUGGCGGCCUUGUUCUACAUCGGGGCGAGAAGGGGGCUGAUGCCAACACUGCCAGAUGGCUUCUCGGACAAUGCCAAGGACUUUGUAAAGAUCUGUCUGACAAGUGACCAGAGCCUACGGCCAUCAGCCGACCAGCUUCUGAGGCAUUCCUUCAUUCCUAAAGGGCAGACAAAUAUCAAAUACUGGGAAGCACAGAGAAAGAACUGUUGUGGUCCAUGAAUGUAUAAACUAGAAUGAAUGGUGUUCUUGGAUUCAACCCCUCUGGAUACUUCUGGUUCAAAACUGCAGCUGUUUUUAAGAGGACGGCUCAGCCUGCAUAUUAAUGUCAAACCUACAGAAACGAGGAUGUUGUGGUAACUAUAAAUAUUGUAAUUAAAAAAGAUACAAAAACACAAUGAGUACAUUGCAAAUGGUGCAACAGAUGUUUAAAUCAUGACUAUUUUACAUUUAGUAUAUGAUGAACAAAUGUUAGGUGCCAAAUUUGUAAAUAUUAAAUGUGUAAACUGUAUUCAUUUCUGAAAGUUGUGAUUUGUCUAUAUACAAUAUACAGUUAAAUGUUUAAACCUGAUUGCCAUUAAAAUGUAAUUUUUCUGGUUGUUUAAAGGUACGUUUCAGUGUGGAAUAUUUAGAAUAUUAAAAAGGAAAAGUGUAAUUUUUUUUAUACAGAAAUGUUAUGACCUACACACUCAAGCCUGUCUGCCUUGUGGGAUCUGGUUUGUCAUCUAAACAAUUACAGAUUAUAUUUAGAUCAGCUGCAGCCAUCAGUCACCUGGGUGCCAUUUCAUACCAGCUUUUUCUUGCACUCAACUUUCCAAUUAUGUUUGGAUAAAGCGCUUUAAUCAUAAGCUAUGACAUUUUCAUGAGUGACAGUCUGCUGGAGAACUGUCAAGUCAGCAGUCUUUCCUAUGGUUGUGAGGGUUAUAACAUUCCGCCUUUUCUACCCAUUUUUUUUUUCACCGAAAUUACAUUUUGGUAUUUCAUUAGCUGUAAGACACAAUUUAAU